AUGAAGAACUCCGUCAUCGCUCUUACACUCAUUGGUGUCGCGGCUGCCCGCCCGACCCUUAUGACCAAGCGUGAAGUUCCUCAGGAACACGCUCACCGCAACGUUAACCUUGCUGUCAACGACCUGCUUCAGCAGAACAACCCGGACAAUAUUCAGGAUCCUGUCUUUGCUCUCCUUGGAGCCAAGGCUGCUGCAGAGGGUGCCGGAGACAUCACCGAUACGGACUGUCUUCAGCAAGCCGUAGCUGACCAGGCCUUCACCAAUGCCAAGGAGGCUGGUGAUGUCGCGGGCAUGACCAUGGCUCUCAUCUACCGUACUUUGGAACGAAACACUGGCUCCGUCGGUCUGGCCUCUGCACCUUGCCAGUCCAUCAAGGCCGUCAAUCCUGAGAUUGCUGCGCUCCAGCAGCAUCAGGACCCUGCCAGUGAUGGCGCUCAGGCACUCAACAAGCAGAUCGCCGAAGAGCUCGCUCGCCAGAUCGCCUCAGUCGGUGGUGAUCCAUCGAUGGCUAACGAAGCUUCAACCUUCGCGCCUGGAGAGAUAGGCGACCCGACCGGUGCCGGCAAUACCUGCGACGUCGACACUGACGAUGCAGGAUGCAUCAACACCCAGAACCUUCGUGUCGAUGAUCUCACCGAGGAUGAGAUUACUGCUGCAGUCGCUGGUGUCAGUGGAGCUGCUGGUAACGGCACUGCCGCAGCUGGUAAUGCUACUGGUAAUGCUGGUAACAACAACGCCAACGCCGGUAAUAACGCCAACUCUGGUAACAACAAUGCCAACUCCGGUAACAGCAAUGCCAACGCUAGUAACAACGCCAAUGCUGGUAACAACAACAAUGCUGCUGCUGGCAACGCUGCCUCCGGUAACGCUGCCGCCUCUGGUGCCGCCGCCUUCGGCAACUGCGACCCUACCAUCACCUUUGGUAUCCCUUCGGAUGGCCGUCAGGAGGAGGCCUUUGAGCCCACCGAUCUGAGCACCUUCAACCACGGGUCUGCUCAGAAGAUUGACAUCAUCUCACAGUUCAUCUGCUCACAGAUGUCCAACAAGUGCGACGUAGACGCUGCAGCUGUCAGCACCUGUGAUGCUGCUGCGUCUGCCGCUUCGGGACUGACAGGUCAGGCGGCUGCAGAUGCGUUUAACUCGGCUCUUGGUCUUUAG